GGGGCGCCCAGCAGAGCCGGUUUCCGUCAACACCCUCGGCCGCGCAGGCCCCGCCCCCGAGCCGCGGGUGCCGCCGGGCCGGCAGGGGGCGCCGGAGCGCAGCGCGCUCCCUCAGCCGGUCCCUCAGCCCCGUCAGGCGGCGCCGCGGGCAGCCCGGGCCUGGGCCUGUCCCGCCGCUCCGGGCCUGGGCCCGCUCCGCCCCGCCCCGCCGCUCCGCCCCGGGCCCGCCCGCCCCGGCCCCGCAGGUGAGCGCCGCGCCGGCACCGGGAGCCCCCCGCACCGGGAGCUCCCCGCGGGCUCCCACCCCCCCCCCCCGGCGUCCUCGGGCCGGUUCUGCGGCCGCUCGGGGAGGCCCGUUACCGGCUCCCGGCGGGCCGGGCCCCUGGGGCUGCGCGGGGGCGGAGCGGGGCCGGCCGGGGCCUCCGCCGCCUCCCCCGGGCUCGCAGCGCCGGCGGUUUGCGGGCCGGCAGCGCCUGGUCGCGCAGGAAAAUCAUCUUUUCCUUUUUUUUUUUUUUUUUUUUUUUUUUCCCCUCCCGCCGCCGCAGCCGAUCGUCCCCGCAGCCCCGCGGAGCCGCUGCCCAGGAUGAGCCGCCUGCGCUGCCCCGUCCGUCGGCAUCCCAGACCGGAGAGGCGGCCGUGCGGGAUGGCGUUGCACCAGCUUUGAAGUGUGCAGACCCACCACUGCUAUGGGAGACUCUGUUGCAGACCCAGCCCGAGGGACAGGCUCGGACCAGGCACCCGGCUCAGCGCCCCAAGGGAAUGGCGGGACGUCUCUCAGCGUCAUCACGGAAGGUGUCGGGGAGCUGGCAGUCAUCGACCCCGAGGUGGCGAAGAAAGCCUGCGAAGAGGUCCUGGAGAAGGUCAAGCUGAUGCAUGGUGUCUCCUCUGACAGCUUGACGAAGCUGGCUGAUGGCAGCGAGGCAGAGCGUGCCUCACGGACCGCGGUGGAGUUGGCCAAUGGAGACAUCGGCGAGGGCUGUAAAAUCAAGUGCUUGGACGAUCUACCCGGCACGGCCUCCAAGAUCCAGGAGGAGGACGAGACGGCGGCCAACACGGUGAAAACCGCCCGGAAGCGGCAGAAGAAUAACUCUGCUAAGCAGUCCUGGCUCCUCCGGCUCUUUGAAUCCAAACUCUUUGAUAUCUCCAUGGCCAUUUCAUACUUGUACAAUUCAAAGGAACCUGGUGUGCAGGCUUACAUUGGGAAUAGGUUGUUCUGCUUUAGGAACGAAGAAGUGGACUUCUACCUGCCACAGCUGCUGAAUAUGUACAUUCACAUGGACGAGGACGUGGGAGAUGCGAUCAAGCCCUACAUUGUGCACCGCUGCCGGCAGAGCAUCAACUUCUCCCUGCAGUGUGCCCUGCUGCUGGGUGCCUACUCCUCGGACAUGCACAUCUCCACUCAGCGACACUCCCGUGGGACCAAGCUGCGGAAACUCAUCCUCUCGGACGAGUUGAAGCCAGCUUACAAGAAGAGGGAGCUGCCGUCGCUGAGCCCAGCGCCUGAUAUGGGCCUGUCUCCUUCCAAAAGGACUCACCAGAGGUCCAAGUCGGACGCCACCGUUACCAUCAGCCUGAGCAGCAAUCUGAAGCGCACAGCCAGCAAUCCCAAAGUCGAGAGCGAAGAAGAGGAGCUCUCCUCGAGUACGGAAAGUCUCGAUAAGUCACUCUCUCCCCCAGUCAGACUUGCCCCCGAGAGAGAAUUCAUCAAAUCCCUGAUCGCCAUCGGGAAGCGCCUGGCCACCUUGCCGACCAAAGAGCAGAAGACCCAGCGGCUCAUCUCGGAGCUGUCGCUGCUGAACCACAAGCUGCCAGCGCGCGCCUGGCUCCCGACGGCCGGCUUCGACCACCACGUGGUGCGGGUGCCACACACCCAGGCGGUCGUCCUCAACUCCAAGGACAAGGCUCCCUAUUUAAUCUACGUUGAAGUACUUGAAUGUGACAAUUUCGACACAGCGAAUGUGCCCGCUCGCAUCCCCGAGAACCGCAUCCGGAGCACCCGCUCGGCCGAGAACCUGCCGGAGUGCGGGAUCACGCACGAGCAGAGAACCAGCAGCUUCACCACCGUCCCCAACUACGACAACGACGACGAAGCUUGGUCCGUGGACGAUAUCGUGGAGCUGCAGGUGGAGCUGCCAGAGAUUCACACCAACAGCUGUGACAACAUCUCCCAGUUCUCUGUGGACAGCAUCACCAGUCAGGAGAGCAGGGAGCCCGUGUUCAUCGCUGCUGGAGACAUCAGGCGGCGGCUCUCGGAGCAGCUGGCGCACACCCCCACCUCCUUCAAGAGGGACCCCGAGGACCCGUCUGCUGUCGCCCUGAAGGAGCCCUGGCAGGAGAAAGUCAGGAGGAUCCGGGAAGGGUCCCCCUACGGCCACCUGCCCUCCUGGCGCCUCCUCUCCGUCAUUGUCAAGUGCGGGGAUGACCUCCGGCAGGAGCUGCUCGCCUUCCAGGUCCUCAAGCAGCUGCAGUCCAUCUGGGAGCAGGAGCGUGUCCCGCUCUGGAUCAAGCCAUACAAAAUCCUCGUCAUCUCUGCCGACAGCGGCAUGAUUGAGCCAGUCGUGAAUGCUGUGUCCAUCCACCAAAUCAAGAAGCAAUCCCUGCUUUCGCUGCUGGAUUAUUUCCUGCAAGAACAUGGCAAUUACAAUACCGAAUCCUUCCUGACGGCCCAGAGGAAUUUUGUGCAGAGCUGUGCCGGUUACUGCCUGGUCUGCUACCUACUGCAGGUCAAGGACAGGCACAACGGCAACAUCUUGCUGGAUGCGGAUGGACACAUAAUCCACAUCGAUUUCGGGUUCAUCCUCUCCAGCUCCCCCAGGAAUCUUGGCUUCGAGACGUCUGCCUUCAAACUCACCACGGAAUUUGUGGAUGUGAUGGGCGGGUUGGACGGCGACAUGUUCAACUACUACAAGAUGCUGAUGCUGCAGGGUCUCAUCGCUGCCAGGAAGCACAUGGAUAAAGUGGUGCAGAUCGUGGAGAUCAUGCAGCAAGGGUCGCAGCUCCCCUGUUUCCACGGCUCGUCCACCAUCCGCAACCUGAAGGAGCGGUUCCACAUGAACAUGACGGAGGAGCAGCUGCAGCUGCUGAUCGAGCAGAUGGUGGACGGCAGCAUGCGCUCCAUCACCACCAAGCUCUACGAUGGCUUCCAGUACCUCACCAACGGCAUCAUGUGAUGGCCACGGGCCUCCCUCUCCCAGAACGACUCCGCGCCCGGCCUGGGCCCGAGCUUUGCUCCCGGGGAAGCAGCUCUUGGUCCUCGAUGGUAAAAAGGAGGCCAAGUCUCAGCGUCGUCCUGGGGCUGCUUUUGCCAAGGCUCCUCAACAAAAUGAAACAAGGACAAACAAACAAACAAACAAAAAAACAAAAAAACCAAACCCCAAGCGGUCGAAGCAGGAAAAAAAACCCCUCCACUUGUGAAAAUCAAAGCGAAACGGAUCAUGCGGUAACCGUGCGACGCGCGCGGGGUCGGGGCGGCCAGGUGAAAGCAGCAAAGGGCCUGGGGAUGUGGGGAUAGCGCUCGCCCCCGCGCUGCCGCCUCCCUCCUGUCAGUAUUACGCCCGUUGGUGUCCUGUGAACCCCCCCCACAAUCUCAUGAAAUGUUCGGGACCUGGGGGGGACGGGCCUGGCCCCCACCCUCCGGCGUCCGCUGCCACUUGAGCCUUCUGCUGGUCCCGCAUGACGGCAGCGGAGGUGAACCCGGGGGGCCCUUCCCUGCAUGUUCCCCCCCCUACCCCGGCAUUGCUCAGCCCCCACUCUGGGCCCGUUUCUUUCUCGCACCCCCUUUUUCCCCUCCCCACCCCCCUCGAAAGUCCCCUUGUCCCAGCCAGCGUAGGGCACCCCCUCCCGUAGCACCCACAGCCGGUACGUCAAGGUUGGGGGUCCCGAGGCCGCUGCCCAGCUGGGGUGCCGGUGCUGCCCCCCCCCCCGCUCCUCCCAGCACCUUUUCCUCUGACUGUGUUCCAGGAAUUUGGGACUGUGAAGCUUCCCCCCGCCCCCCGCCCCCUCCCCUUGCAAUAAUUUCUGGCUGCUGUCUCUUGUCUUGAAUGUCAGGCUGCGGCCGGCGGGUCCCCUCCCUGGAGCCCUGGGCUGGGUUUGACCAGGAGAAGCUCCAGGGAUGGGACGGGGUGGGGGGAAGGAGCCUGGUGCCUUCCCGGCCCCCCCAGGCUCGGCACUGCCAGCCCCAGGGGAAGGCAAAAGGGCAGCCCAAAAGUUUUAGCCCCUCCCCCUCGCCCCCCCACCAGGUCUCCGGGGGGGCCCACACCCCUCCCCCCCCCCUUUUUGACAGCCCCUUCCUUUAAGAGCAGCGACCCCCCCUGCCCCACCUCCCCCCGUCCCCCCAGCCUCAGCCCGUCCUGCUGGUCAGAUGUGCCGCCCUGCCGGCAUGCGAGCGGUGCCCCCCACCCGUCCCCCUGCCCCCUGCGCCGGCCUGUAACCCUGGAUGUCCUCAGUCUCUUUGUUUAGCACUAAUUAUUUGUCAUGUUGAUUGUUUAGCAUUAAAAAACAAAAAUUCUAUUUUAAAAUGCUGGCUGCCCGUGGCCAGGAACCACCGUGGGGGGCAUUAAUCAGGGACUGAGUGGGGGUCCCCAUGCCAGGGGCACCCCCAGCCCACGGUCGCAGGCAAUCACAGCCCUCCUCUGGGGUUCCCCUGUGUUGCAGCAGGGUGGGGGGCUCAGCGCAGCCCCCAGGCCUCUCUGGGGAAGCAGGGAUGGAAGGGGGGGGCCCCCUCAGCCCCUUCCACCUCAUUUUUGGGGCAGGACCAAUACCCUUGCGAUGGGGUGGGGGACGCAGGACCCCUCCCGGGACACACGCGGGGCCAGGUAAGCAAGACAGGGCACAGCAGGGGUUAAACCACUAAAAGUUUAAUUGCAUUAUUACUACAAGAAUAAAGGAUACCUGAGAGCCUC